CGGCCCCGCGCGAGAAGCACCCACGUGGGGAGGCGAAGGCGAAGGGGCGCCCCCUGAUGACGUGCGAUACGAGCGCCGGGAGGGGAGGCGCAUGCGCAGCGGGAGCCGGUGCAGGCUCGGGGGGUGGUUGCGGCCGUGCAGCGCGAGGGCGAGCGAGGUGCCGCCGGCGAGGCUCAGUUCGGCAGAGCAUACAACAAAAGGAAUGACUGUGAACACUCCAGCACUCUGUUUCAGAAGCAAGAAAAUUCUGGCUCCUAUGGUGCGGGUUGGAACAUUACCCAUGCGUCUUUUGGCUUUGGAUUUUGGUGCUGAUAUUGUAUACUGUGAGGAGCUGAUUGACAUAAAGAUGGUGCAGUGCAAAAGAGUUGUAAAUGAGGUGCUUGAAACAGUGGACUUUGUAGCUCCGAACGAAAGAGUUGUUUUCAGAACCUGUGUGAGAGAGAGAGAUUGUGUUGUCUUUCAAAUGGGAUCAGCAGAUGCUGAGAGAGCCUUGGCUGUAGCCAAGCUUGUAGAGAAUGAUGUAGCUGGGAUUGAUAUCAACAUGGGCUGUCCAAAAGAAUAUUCUACUAAGGCAGGUAUGGGAGCAGCGCUGCUGUCUGAUCCUGACAAAAUUGAGUGUAUUCUGAGUACCUUGGUUAAAGGAAUUUGUAAACCAGUGACCUGCAAAAUCCGAAUCUUGCCUUCGCUUGAAGACACUAUAAGCCUGGUGAAGAGGAUAGAAAAGACUGGUGUUGCUGCCAUUGCAGUCCAUGGAAGGAAGAAGGAGGAGAGGCCUCAACAUCCUGUCCACUGUGAAGUGAUCAAAGCCAUCUCUGAGGCAGUCUCUGUUCCUGUAAUAGCAAAUGGAGGAUCUCAUGACUUCAUCAAAGAAUAUACUGACAUUGAAGCCUUCCAACAAGCAGCAGGUGCUUCAUCGGUAAUGAUAGCUCGUGCUGCCAUGUGGAACCCAUCCAUCUUCAGAAGAGAAGGCCUUUGUCCCUUGAAGGAAGUCAUGCAAGAAUACAUCAAAUACGCAGUGAGAUAUGAUAAUCACUAUACCAACACAAAGUACUGUCUUUGUCAGAUGUUAAGAGAACAGUUAGAAACCACAGAGGGAAAGAAACUGCAUGCUGCACAGUCGAUUCAAGAAAUCUGUGAAGUAUUUGAAAUGGGCGGUUUCUAUGAAGAAACAACAGCUAUUCUGGAAGCUAAGAAGGCAUCAUUAAAGGCCAAGACACAAGAUGAAGAUGAGCAGAUGGAAGACACAGAUGUGAUAAAAAUGGCUGUUAGAUUUGACAAGCGAGAAUAUCCACCACAGAUUACUCCCAAAAUGUAUCUCUUGGAAUGGUGUAGGAAGGCAAAGCACCCUCAACCUGUUUAUGAAACUGUUCAAAGACCAUUAGAUAAAUUAUUCUGUUCAGUUGUCACAGUAGCUGAACAAAAAUAUAGAUCAACCUUAUGGGACAAGUCAAAGAAGCUAGCAGAACAGGCUGCAGCUAUAGUCUGUCUUAGGACGCUGGGUCUCCCAGAGGGGAAGCUUAAUGAGGGAGAAAACCACCUGAUUAACAAACGCAAGAGAGAGAACCAGGAGUUCUUGAACAACAAAGAACAUGAAGAUGACCUACUUGUUGAGGCUUCGCAUAAAAGAGCUCAUUUUACUGAGGGAGCUUCUGACUCCAGCUCUUCUGAGGUGCCACGAUAGCAUGAAAAGCUUAUGCUCAAAUAAAUUCGUUAGUCUGUAUUUGCAAAAAGAAAAGGAGUACUUAUGGCACCUUAGAGACUAACACGGCUGCUACUCUGAAAUCUGUGUAGCUACCAAUUCACUCACUUUUUUAUAUCCUGCUGUUGUAUUUCAUCUAAAGUCUGUCAGUCGGAGACAGGUAAACUCUGCCCGAUUAUGAAAACCUACUGGACUGGGUAAAUGUUUUUUGUGUUCUGCUUUGGUGCCUUUCAAACAGGAUACAUUAGCAGCCUGGGUUUUAAAUAAGAAUGAGAAGAUGAUCCCAACAUUAAAUUCUGUUUCAAUAGCAAACUAUUUUCAGUUUAGCUUUUGAGGUUUUGAGUUUUUUGUUUAAUAUAUUUUAUAAGUAGAAAGAAGAGUUUUAAACACACACGAGAGAGGUUCUUAACAGAUUGUUUCCAACUGUUGGAGUUUUGAGGUAGUUUCCAUUAACAGGGAUAAGUAUGUUAGAAGUUGUCAGCUCUUGUCUGAAACAAAGCAGGUUGUGUCAUGAUCCCUAAAGUAGUUUGUAUGAAGAAAAUAUUAAGAACAUAAUUCAUUGUUGAUGAACUAUAUCAAAGUGGCUUCCCUAUUUAAAAAUAAUAUACACCUUUAUUUUAAAUGGAAGUGUCUUUGCUAAACCAUUGUUUUCAAACGGAACAGCAAUAUCUAACUGGGAUUAUGUUUAGAGUUUUUAAAAGAUGUACGUGCAUAUUGAAGUGACUGCUACUCAAAUCUCUGAAUUUUUAAUAAAUCUGCAUAGUUUGCAUUUAACUGAAAAAUAAUUGCAAUUCGUUUCCUACUUUGUAGACUGCAAUAAAAAAAAAACAGUUUUAAAAGCUGCUUUCAUAACUAAAUGUUCCAGUUUCACACAAUGGUUUUAGUCACAGAACACUUACUUCAGAGCAGUGACAGAAAUUGUAGUCUAGUUAACAAGCCAUAAACUUCAGGAAUAAUCCUUUCCCCACUGAGAUUCAUGUCUGGGCAGGAGCUUUUGUCAAGGCCAUUUUUAUACCAUCAUGAGGAAUGGUCAUGCAAAUACUAUACCAGAAUCUGAUUCAUUCGCUGAGUUUUCCUGGCAGAAUGCAGGUUGCAAGGCCCAGUGAUAAGAAGCAGCGCAAGUUGUCUGCAAUCCAGCUCUGCUGGACAGGUCAGAAUUGAGCAGUGCAUCCCCAGUUCUGAGAGAAGGCCUAACUAGGGAACCUGGGAGAUCCACUGGAGCUCUUCUGGAUCACCAUCCAGAGUUUCUUGGCAGAAACUGGCCAGGCAUAUUGCGGAAUCACCAUCUAUGCUACCGCGGAGGAAACUGCAUCAAUGGAAGUUGCAAACUGCAAAUCCUGCACCUCUGGGAGGAAGUUUAUUAACCCCAAGUCUGACCAAAACUCUAAUUUCUUGAUUCUCUUAGUUUAAAUAAAGCUGUGUGUCCUGGAGAGUGGUGAUGUAUCCCUGGAUGAGGAUGCUGCCUGACAGUAGAGACCAGGUGACUUUUAACAGCCACACUUUAGUGUGGCCUUUUCCGUCCCAUUUGCUAUGGCAUUCCCUUCAGGAGGCUGUGGGGUUGGAAAGCCAGAGGGCAUCCUGUCAAAGGGAGCAGCCUUUGAAAAGUCUUUGAUUCAGCUUCCUAGUUUCUCUCUUCCUGUGAAUCUUAGUUUGCAUAAACAGGCUUGUCCUCCUCCAUAAGAUCUUGUAAGUGACCUAAUUUGAGGUCAUUUUAUGUUUGCAUGUCAAAAAUAAUAGUGUUUUAAAAACACUUUUUUCCUGGAAAGCCAGGGAACUUAUGGCCCUGAGUGCCUGCAUAAUACUCACAUGAGCCUUAAUAUCAGUGCUGCCUUCACCACUAAAGGUUUAUGGACUAUUUGGGCCAAACUAUGUCUUCAAACACGAGAACCAAAGGAAGAGCAUAAUGGAAUGUUGUGACUCCCUUUGAAGCACCCAGAGAAGUCACUCAGCAGAAGGUCUGCAACUGAAAGCAUGGGGCAUUCCAGGAUGGAAGUCUAAGAGCCCUGGCCUGUGUUGCAAUGCUUUUACACCAUUUUCUUGUCCUGGCAAUUGGCCUUAUGUGACACCCCCACAAGCUACACCUCUCCUACAGUGUAAAUUUUUCUGCUCCUGGCAGAAACAGUGUGCCUCGGGAAAUAGACUUGUGAAGGGAACCACAGCUAAUCAGCACACAGAUGCAGGCUAACCCUGCUUUUAUAAUAUCUAUGUGCACCAGUUCGGGGGGUGGUGAGAAAGGGGCUAUUUGGUAUAUGGCCUCUUAUGGGGAAGAGAGAAUACAAAAAUUAAACAUAGGGAAGUAAUAGAAGAUCAGAGAAGGUGCUGCCUCAAUUUAAUGUCAAUGUCCAAAGAAAAUACGAUCAAUGUUUUUAGUGUGCAACUACAAAACAUGUAUAUAAUUUGACUGAAUCAAACUGAAGUGUCGUUGAAAUAAGUUAAAUUGUCUAGAAGACUUAACGCUUGCAAGGUAAGUGUUUAAAUAACUACGUGAUAACAAAUCAUUAUUUUAUUUAUCUAGUGUAAAGCUUGUAGAAGUAACUACAGUUAGUUGAAUAAUAUAUAAUUGUGCUAAGAUAAACGGUGUAGCAUCUGCAAACAAGAAAGUGAGAUGCUGCUUUGCUAGAAUGAAUAUUUCAGACUAAAUUUGGCAGUGAUGUAAAUGAAUGGUCAGAAAAUGGGUGCAUACAAAGUGUGAUUUAGAGUCCCAUUUGAUGUCCUUGAUGUGGGUCAGGAAAAGCAACUAAUGGGAGUCUUAAGUGUGUUUUAGGGAGAAUCCUUUAACUGAGGCUAUGAUUACACUGCCCCAUGGUUCAGACUUUGAGGGCGUGAACAACAAUGUACACCAAAGUGCUGUGCAGUAACUCCCCUAUGUGGGCACUGUGGACAUAAACUAAAAGGUUCUUUUUUUGCAUUAAUGUCUUUCUGUUUGAAGAGGACUACGUUAAUGUGAACAGGGAAGUUCACACCUGAAAAUUCAGGCCUGAAAUGGCCUCACAGGAGAGUUACAGAGUGCAGCACUUUGGUGUGCACUGCUGUUCGCGUCCUUGUAGUCCAAACUGCAGGGCAGCAUAGAUAAGCCUUAGUUGCUCUUCCUGCUGCAUUCCUCCUAACCCACUUUCCCCUGCUGUGUAACUUUUUGCACCAUUCACAUCGCUGAAUUCAUGCUAGAUACAUCUGUGAUAGUGGCACCUGCAUAUAUACCAGUUCUGAGGUUUGCUUUUGAUCUUAAAACAGGUUCUUAUUCUGGGGAACAAAAUGCCUUUUUUCUAGAGACUGUUCUAUUCAAGGUAUUGGAUUGGAACCAUAUAUUUUGUAAAAAAAAAAAUAAUAAUAAUAAAUUUUAAAAAAUCUA